AUGAAGCUCGACCCGGACUCGGACAAUUUGCCCAAGCGGUCGGAAAUUACCCCUGGCCCUGGGGAGCCGGAAGGCACCGCUUGGGUUUGGGGCAAGGAUGACGAGCUUGGCCGCUUGAACCUGCUCACCCCGAGACGCAAACUUGCUGCCGCGAAGCUCAUUCAGCACGGCGAGAGUGUCAAUUUGGAUUGGUCGGCGUUUCUCCCCAAUCCCCCGGCGUUUGGUCGGGAGCCGUUCGAGUUCAAGAUCAAGUCUCUUGGGCCCAUGGGCAACGAUGAUUUGUACAAUAUGAACACCCAGUCCGGCUCGCAGUGGGAUGGCUUUCGACACGUAGCGAUGCCGCAUGGCGACAAGCAUGUCUUUUAUAACAAUCUGUACCAAGAAGAGAUCCUCAGCGGCACCAGAUGCGGCAUCCACGCCUGGGCCGACCACGGCAUCGUCGGCCGCGGCGUGCUCAUAGACUACUGGGCCUACGCCAAAAAGCACUCCAAAACCUAUGACCCGACCACCACCCACGCAAUCCCCCUCUCGGAACUCCUCGCCUGCGCCGCAGAGCAAAACACCACCUUCCAAUACGGCGACAUCCUCAUCAUCCGCUCGGGCUACAUCGAGUACUACAACGGCCUCUCGCAAGAAGCGCGCGCCGCCAUCACCGGAACAGGCAUCUACGACUUCAACUUUGUCGGCGUGAAGGUCGACGACGACAUGCUCGACUUUUUGCACGACAAUUACUUCGCCGCCGUGGCGGGCGAUAUGCCUGCUUUCGAAGCCUGGCCGCCCAAAGCGCCGUUUGUCGCGCACACUUUCUUGCUGCCGUGUUGGGGCUUGCCGAUUGGGGAGAUGUGGGAUUUGGAGCGGUUGGCGGAGGUUUGUCGGAAGCGGGGGAAGUGGGAGUUUUUCUUCUCGAGCAAGCCGGCGAAUGUGCCUGGAGGCGUGGGAAGUCAUCCCAACGCCAUGGCCAUUUUCUAA